CAUGCCAGCAAUAAAUUGUAAAUAAAAGUGCACCUCAAAUAGGUUAAUAAGGUUUGCAUAUCACAUUAAUUUAUAUAAUAACUGAACAAGGUAAUAAAUAAUGCUAUGUUUUUGGCUAAAUAAAGGUAAUAAAUAUUUGCAUUAAAUGUCCAAAAAUAGUUAUAUACAAAACGUUUUAUGUAGUAAUGGACAUUUAAACAAACUAUAUAAUAAACAAGAGUUUUUGGGGAUUUUUAUUCAAAAUUUAUUUAUUAAAAGCAUUUUCAGAAAACAAAGAAUACAAUAAUGGCUACCCUUGUUGCUCCUGAGAGGCCCUCUCCAAUUGAUGAUGCUCAUGUUAUCAAAAAGGCUUGCAAAGGCUUGGGAACCGAUGAGAAAGCUAUAAUUUCAUUAUUGGGUCACCGAAAUGCAUGUCAAAUUAAGCUAAUUAAACUAGCUUACCAAGAAGUGUAUCAACAGGAUCUAAUUGAGCAGCUUAAGUGUGAGAUUUCAGGAGAUUUUGAGAAAGCAAUAUGUCAAUGGGUUUUGGAUCCUAUUGAACGCGAUGCAAUCCUAAUUCACGAGGCCUUGGAUAAAGGAAAACCUAAUUAUAGUUUAGUGGUGGAGAUUGUAAGUACUAAAUUACCUGAAGAACUCCUCUCAGUUAAGCGUGCUUAUCAUAAGGUGUACAAACGUGCCUUGGAAGAAGAUGUUGCAUCUCACACCAAUGGAAAAAUACGAAAGUUUUUGGUGGGUAUUGUAAGCACAUACAAGUACCAUGGUGAUGAAAUUGAUGAGAUAAUUGCACACUCAGAUGCAAACAUUCUUCAUGAUGAAAUACAAGAUAAAGACUCCAUUCAUGAUGAGAUAAUCAGAAUUAUUAGCACAAGGAGCAAGCAACAACUCUUGGAUACUUUCAAUCAUUUCAAUGACAUUCAUGGGACCUCCAUUUCAAGGGCUCUAAGAAACUCCACAAACUCCCAAGAACAUGAUUUCUUUCAAACACUAAGAGUGGCCAUCAAAUGUAUUAUGAACCCUCCAAAGUACUUUGCUAAGAUCUUGCGCAAUGCAAUUGUUGGACUCGGAACAGAUGAAGAUGUUGUUACUCGUGUGAUCAUUACUCGAGCUGAAAUCGAUUUGAAAGAGAUAAAGGAAUUAUACUUGCAGAGGAACAAUAAAUCCCUUGAUCAAGCUAUUGCUGAAGAUACUUCUGGGGAUUAUAGAACAUUUCUUCUAACUUUGUUAGGAAGUGAAGGGUUUGGAGUUACUAGAUCAGUUGGUAACAUUCCUUUGUUAUAAGAAAAAUUAGUCUUUUUGCUUGCAAUAAAUUGAAUAUUAUAUUUAGUUGUAGAUUCUUCUUUAGGUAGUUCCUCAUCUAUUUUAUUUAGUUUUUCAUGCAUUAAAUUAAAUUACAUAUUGGGGGAUCAUAAAAAAAAAUUAGUUUGUCUGUUUUUACUUUGUACUAUCUCUAUUUUGCAAUCAACAAAAAGGAUAAAUUACCUGUUGGUACUAUCUCUUGUUGAUCAAUGGGCAAAAUAGUGAAAUACUAACCAACUUAAUUGUUAAUUUAUGAUUAUAUGAAUUU